UCUAAGUUCAGAUAACCUCCACAAAGUUUCCCAAAUUAAUUGAUACUAAAAAUAGAAAGAUAUAAAAAAUGUAUCAGCAACAACAAAAGCUUACAAACAUGCACCAAACUGCUUCCCUCUUAUAUAAAAAUCUGAUACAAUUUGUAAUCUCUUUGUGUGUGUUUUGUUUCAUAGUUUUGCACCCUUCUUGGCUUCCCUUCAUCCAUUCUUUCAUAUCACACUUAUGUACAUUUUCAUCCCAUCUUUUUUCUCUCGCGACUGAUAAGAAGUAUAUAUUCUUGCUAUGUAACGGGAUUCUUGUUUUGAUUGCUAAGUACCCGAGCCAAAGAAUUGACACUCGUCUACCUCUAUUACCUGAAACUAGUCCUGAUGAGGACUUAAGUUUCGGGAAAUAUCAGCAGGAUGUAGCCACCAAUAAAGAAGUCAUGAUGGAAGAGGAUAAAGUAGUAGAUGAGAAAUAUGUUGUGUAUCAAAUCACGAAUGGUGAAGAACAAGAAGAAGAAGACGUAACCAAUGAUGGUGAUGAUGAGAAGUAUGAACAGGAAGAAGUCGAAGAUGAGAAGUAUGAACAAGAAGAAGUCGAAGAUGAGAAGUAUGAACAAAAAAAGGAAAAAGACGGAUAUGGGGAGUACGAAGAAGAGGAAGAAGAAGAAGAAGAAACGAUCUCUAAGAUGAGUACAGAAGAAUUAAACAGAAAAUUUGACGAUUUCAUAAGAAAAAUGAAAGAAGAGCUAAGAAUCGAAGCUCAAAGACAACUAAUAUUGGUUUGAAACAACAAUAGAGAGAUGAAUGCCUUCUUAUAGCAUGGUUUUCAUUUCAUCUUAUUGAAGGGCAAAACAAAAAUACACUACAAAAGUUUAGGUCCGCUUUUUUUUUUUUUUUUUUUUUUUACAUUUUUGCAAAAUUUUGAGGCCUAAAAACAAGUUGUUAAACUAAAGAAAAUAUAAUGUAAAUUAAUGUUAUCUAAUAUAUGAGGGUUCUAAAUUUAGGAUGACAUGUACGGUCAAGCACCUACUUGAUAGAUGUUAGCAUGCACUUCCUUUAAUUAUGUGUAGAUAUGUUCCUAUUUUGCCAAAGAUUAUAUACUUAUAAGCACUUCAUACAUUCAAGUUUUCACACCAACUAAGGCCUUACAUAUAAAUG